UAGCCGGUCUGGUGUUGUCCGUCUUUUUUGACCUACUUGCGCCGUUCCACCACCUUUGACCACCACGUCUCAGUUUUCGCUGUCAGACUUUGUGGAAACAUGACUCCCAAGGCCUCGCAAAAGCGGAAGAAGAGCGCUUUGAGUGUUGUGGACGCCAAAGCAGCUGUUGAUCUUGCGACCGCGCAGACGUACUCGGAAAAUGUGUUUCUAUUCGUGCCCAACAUUAUCGGCUACUUGAGAGUCAUUCUUGCUGCUGUGUCUCUUCAUUACAUGAGCUAUCACCCCAUCUACUCCAGUAUCUUGUAUGGCAUUUCAAGUAUACUGGAUGUUGCAGAUGGCUAUGCUGCUCGCGCACUGAAUCAGUCGUCGAAAUUUGGUGCUGUUCUGGACAUGGUUACGGACCGAUGUGCGACGUCAUGCCUCUUGUGUUAUCUGGCCUCUGCAUAUCCGAAGUACGCUGUCUUGUUCCAGUUUCUCAUAGCACUGGACUUUUCAAGUCACUACAUGCACAUGUACAGUUCGAUAAUCACUGGCUCUUCGAGUCAUAAGCUGGUUACGAGUGAUGUCAGUCGAAUUCUUUGGCUCUACUACAAUGAUAGGCGCACACUCUUCUUGGUCUGCGCUGGAAACGAGUUGUUUUACGUUGCGCUCUAUCUCGUCAAAUGGAUUGACACGCCGAUAACACUUUUACUUCAUCCGAAUACCCCAUCUUUCCUUGCUGGAAUGACAUAUCAGCAAUUGGUUGCAUGGCUGAGCGCUCCCGUUUGUAUCCUGAAGAACAUCAUCAAUCUGGUUCAGUUAUGGAAGGCAUCCAAAAUCCUUGUGGGUGUUGAUUUAGCGGAGAGGGCGAAGGCGAGAAAGGAAAAGGCAUCUUAAUUCCAUUCCGUUCUGCUGGAUUCUAGUCAUAUUAUUUAUAUAUUUCAUCUCGAACUAUCUUCAUACAUUUGAUCUGAAAAAGUCGGCCAAGUAUAGACACGUG